ACCGCAAGCUAUCCUCACCACUCACUGGUGUAUCUUCCAUGUAGGAUCGCCCUAAUAGUCAAUGCCUCCCUCCGAAAUUACUUUAGGUGCAGUGGUUGAUAUACCUGCUGGUCGGGGAAUCGUUCGCUUUUACGGCCAAACAAGUUUCUCACCUGGGAAGUGGGUUGGCAUCGAGCUCUUCGAAGCUGAAGGCAAGAAUGACGGUACUGUUCGAGAUAUCAAAUAUUUCUCAUGUAAACCGAAUCAUGGUAUUUUUGUGAAACCGAGUCAGGUCCGGGUCGUAUCCAAUGAACCAGAACCCGCACCAACAUUAGCACCUCCACCUAUUCUUGCGCGAUCGAGUCUUGGUCACCAGCGCACCCCAAGUCUUGGAGCUUCCAGGGCAGGAUCUGCGCGUUCCGCUGGGUCGAAUUCGUCUCGUGCAGCAAGCCCUUCCAAAACCGCAGCGAAUGGUCAUCUAAGUUCAUCUCCACGAACAUCAAGGCUUGGUUCUCCAAACAAGCGUUCGCCCUCUCUAUCGUUGCAUGGUCGGCCAGUUGCCUCCCGGCAGAACAGUUUGCAGUCCGAAGCUCAGAGUCCGACAGUCUCAAAGCAACGGAACUUUGACCCCGAACAGUCCAAGCCGUUUCCACCUUCACCAAAGAUUCUGACUUCUCCUUCGAUCUCUCGUACCUCCGCACAACCCUCACAACCUUCUCUUCUCCGACGCGUCUCGACACCGCCUCCGCCACCUCCGGAGCUGGAACCUGCGCCUGAGAUCACUGUUAUUCGACCUGACACACCUAUUCACAUUCAAGAUGACUCUGAAGUUCAAGAGUUUCGCGCGAAAAUACGUGUCCUGGAGGCCAAGCGCGGAGACGAUGCACGACACAUACGCGAACUUGAGACUCGCCUGACAGAGGCCGAAACGUUUGUCGCUCUAAGGCCCAAGCUCCAAGCCAAAUUGGCCUCUCUGCAGAAAGACCUGACAGAAACCAAACGUGAACUGGCGGAUGCGCAACAGCUUUCCCAGCUUUCGGACGGAAGGAUCGUGGAUGCUCAGGAACAAUUGGAGAUGGCCAUGUUGGACAAGGAGAUGGCGGAGGAAAGAGCUGAGGUUGCAGAAGGAGACUUGGAGGAGGUCAGGGAAAGGCUGGCCAUGGUAGAAGUUGAACUGGCAGUGUUGAAAGAAGGUGGAGGUGCUGAAGGCGGUAACGAAAACGUUGUGACAAGCUCUUUGGCUUAUAUUCAGCUUGAGAAGCAGAAUGAGAGACUGAAGGAGGCUCUGAUUCGUUUGCGUGACCUCUCUCAUGAAACUGAGCAGGAACAACGUAGGAGGAUUACAGAGAUGGAAAAAGAUGUCACAGGCCUGGACGAACUGCAAGGCCAAUACGAGUCCACUCUGAUCAAGCUCACGAACGCCGAGGUUCAGAUUGAAGAUCUCAAGAUGCAGUUGGACGAUGCGCUUGGCGCCGAAGAGAUGCUCGUUCAGCUCACGGAGCGUAAUCUCAUGCUAGGCGAGAAAAUUGAGGAGAUGCGAAUCACGAUUGAGGACCUUGAGGCACUCAAGGAACUCAACGAUGAGCUGGAGGAAAAUCAUGUUGAGACUGAGAAGGUCAUGCAAGAAGACCUCAAUGCUAAAGAUGCGGACAUCUUCGAGCAGUCCCAGAAGGUCAGAGCACUUGAAGACGCUUGUCAGGACUUCGAAGGCACUAUCUUGCAAUUCCGAGAGCUCGUCAUGCAGCUCCAGACUGAACUCGAUAACCUUCGUGCUGAGACCCAAAAUGCUCAACACGAAUCUGCCACCGCCGCAUCGCAGACAGCUGCCAUGAUGUCGUUGAACCUUAGGCUUCAGUCCUCUGCCACGAAGAAUCAAGCACGAAAUAUCGAUUUGGAAGUCAAACGUAUCGAAGCUCGGGAAGCUCGUGAACUGCUUAAUAUCAUCCAGCCUUACCUUCCACAAGUAUACGUGGAGUCCGACAUGGAUGCCACAAGUUGCUACCUUUUCUUCCAGCGCCUGGCAUCCAAAGUCGAUCUCAUCAAUACUUUCGUCGGCCACGCGCACAACCUCCCCGACGCGCUCAAUGGCCCAGUUUCCGAUGUCUUGGUUGGCAUUUGCGAACUCCGAGGUCGGUUAUCCACGUUAUCAGCGACUUGCAAGCGUUUCGCGGCCAUUCUGCGCCGAUGCGACCCAGAAUCGUUCCUGCGCAUCGGCAAGCUUUAUCCGGAUGUUGCCCCGAUGGAGAAACGCAUCGACAUGCAUGUUGACCUUCUUCGUAGGGAGGAGUUCCGCGAAUUGGAGUGUGUUAGCGAUGCUGCAAAGAUUCAAGCCCAGUUUGACCAUCUUGCCGAGACCCACUUCAACGACUUCGAUUUCGACUUAGGUGAACGCGAGCUCGGGUACGCGUUGUCGUUCGACCAUGAUCUUGAGAUGUUCGCUGCGUCCGUGGGGCUGAUCAAGACAUCUGUUGCUGCUAUCAUGAAGGACGAAGAUGUGGAGGUCGAUCUGGGUGGCCUCGAUGCCGAAGAAGAGUUCUUCUCCCCGCUUCAGAAACUUCUUGAUCAGUGUCGCAGUGCUAAGGUCUUGUCGAAGAAACUUACGAAGCGGUUGGAAGAGCUCACGCAAGAGUCGGCUGCUCUCAAGCCUCUCCUAGUACCCCAACUUCAAGCUUUAAACAACAUCGCACCCGAACUCGUGAACUUUGGUAUCUCGCUUGCACAGCAAGUGAUGCCUCACCUGAGCGACGUCAGAAGCUCGAAGUCUGCAUUCCAACUGGCCAAUGUCCUCGGCUUCGUCAAGCAGAUCGCUGCUUCCACGGUGGGCAGAAGCGUCAAGGACGGCGCGGCGUCGUGGGAGGCUGUUAUGAACUUCUUUGGACAAAUCAUGCAAGAAGCUAAUAAACUUGUACCGCUUGCAGUCGAGCAUGAGAACGUGCUAAAGAUCACCGGCACCGCACCAUGGAUCCUGCGUGUCGAUGAAAUUAAGGCAGCCACAGCGAUCAACGUCGAAGCAGAACGUAAAGUGGCUCAACUUACCGAUGAGCUCUCUGGUCUCGCCCGCACACUUCGUGAGAAAGAGAAGAAGAUCGAGGAAACGAAUGUCAAAAUUGAGCUGAUGGAGCACAAGAUGAAAGAACUCAACAAGCGAGCAGAUGAGAUCGAAGGAUACAAGGCGGAACUUGCCAAGUUGCAUAAGCAGGAACGCGCUUAUGAAGAGGCGAUGGAGCAGUUCCAGGCAGAUCUUGAUACGCUUGAGCAGGAGAAUGCGAAGUUGAAGGCUGCUGCUGCUAGUCACGAACGGCAAGCUUCUGAACCAAACACCCAACGGCCUGAACCUGAAGCUGUGCAAGUUGAGGGCAACUUGGAAACAUCUUACCUUCUUGAACAGAUCGAUGCACUUCGUGGGACCGUUCGAUUCCUCCGAACGGAGAACUCAUACCUCAAGGGUCAAGAUCUCCUCCGUGAGAUUGAGUCAUUGCCUCCGCUUUAUGAUUCUAUUAGCCGAGAGCCUACUCCCGCCCUCGUGCCUUCAGGCUCUUCAGAUACCUCCGAUUCGGAGACAGACGAACCUCUAAAGCCGCCUUCGUUACGAACUCUAGCGGCCGAGUCCAAGAUUCUAUAUCGCGAUGUCAUCAAGUUCAGCUCAUCACCUAAGGUUGUUGACCUCUCUUUGACAAGGAAGAACAGAGAAGGAAAUGACAAAUUGGCCGGUGGAAAAACUUGGUUGCCCAGGAAGAAGACGCCUGCGUACCAGGUUUGGGAGAGGAAGAUGGAGGGAGAGAAGCUUGGACGGCGGGUACAGGGACUGAUGGAUCGGACAGCUGCUGCCGCGAAUAGAGCUUCAUGAUACGUACUGCAUUCAUCCCUUUUGGUUCUUGGUUUCUUUUCUAUUGAUUCUAUUCGAUACCAUAGACACCGUCGUAUUGGUAUACCCGUAUGACAUUAUAUCAUGCACUAAUCGCCGCGUUAUGUCAUGUCUAGCUAAACCUUCUACCCUGGAAUCCUUAAUCGUUAUGUGUGUGGCAUGCCCGAGAGGAAAUACUUUGCUAAAUAUCAAUCUGACUCGGACAACCCAUAGUCCUCAUGAAUCUGUCGGAUUGUUGUCUGUCGAUGGCCGGCGAGCUAUAGGAACCACCAUGAGCAUGAGGCAGAACAUUGUGCAUAUAUGCGCAUAUACACUCACUCUUCCUAUCAAUAUCUAUACGCAUACACCGGUCAGGUCGAUAUAUGCUACUGUAUCGCAGUAUAACGUACCUGGGCCGCGUCCUUGGCUUCAUUGUAUUGAUGCAAAAGUUUGAUAUGUCUUGUCACAAUCUCAUCCGCGUUUUCGCCUUCCCUGUUAUAUAUUAGAACAGCGUGCAUGUAUCUAUCAUUCGAUGCGUACCCGAGUGUCUUUUGAAGCUCGGCGAUCUCUUGCUCUAGCGCAGCUCUCCGUGCUUGUUGUUUCUGGAUAUGUAUGUAAGCUAUAUUACCGCUAAUACAUAGCGGUACCACAUACCUGUGC